AUGGCCGAGGGAGGCGGGGUCGCGCGGCCAGUGAUUCUGGAGGAUUACUUUAUGGCAGAAGAAGAACUUCUGCUUGACAAAACAGCUGAAGAGGAUGAUAUUGAUCUUUACAAUAAUCUGACCUUCACUUCAUCAGCCUAUCUGGAAGAAAGUCAGGCAAAAUCCUUGGCUGCAGACCCAGAGGAAGCUCCUGUGAAUGGAGUCGAAGAACCGGUGGCCGUAGGGGGAGAGGCAGGGUGUUCAGAACCCACAGAGGAGCCGCUGAUGCUAGAGGAUGUGUCGGAAGACGAAAGCCACCACUCCGAGCCACCGCUUGCUGACGAAGCCACAGAGGAGAUGGGGGAAGAGGAGAUGGACGUGGCCGAACAGGAGGAGGAGGAGCGGCCUAGCGAGGAAACAGAGGAGCAGAACGACCUGGGCGACCCUGCGGUCAUGAGGGCCGUGCGUGGCCGGUUUGCCUUGGAGAGAGAGGAUUCUGCUGUACUUGACGGUAGGAUUGCCAGCAGCCUUCCAGAGUACACUACCGAUUACUUGGUAAGAAUGGACCACUGGUCUGAUCCGGAUAAUCACUUUGAGGCAGCCUCAAAAUCUGAUUUGUGGAACUCCGCACUGAGACGUGCCUCAUCCCGAUCUGUGAUGGAGGCACCGGACAGGGCUUCUUCUACCCUGUCCCACAGCGGCCGUGACUUCUUGGUUCCACUCUUGCAGGCAAUUUACAGAGAUGCUUGCGCCCUGGAGCGCUCAGCUUUCCGCGGGAGGACCCUCAAGCCCUCUUCCCAACGUUUCAUGCGGCCGCAGUCUCCCAUGAUGCCUGGCUCGAUGCGAUCGCCAUAUCCGUUCACACCGCCUCGCAGGACACGGCGUGUGUUUAGCCUGAACCGGACGUCAGGGUACGCUUCACCCUCCUUCAGGCCCUCAUUUCCAAACAUCAGCAGCCCAACCUGGCCUUUGAGUCGCUCUCUUGAUCCUCUGCUCUUCAGCCCGUCAGCCAGCAGCCCGCAGAAAUUCAGCUUGCCCAGCGCCAUGACGCAGCUGCAUCCUCUACACCAGCGGAUCCUGACUCAAAGGCAACAGCGAGGUGGAGAGCGGAGAAUCCACUGUGUGGAGCCCCUGCCUCCAGAGACCGAUCCUUAUGGGGCACUCAUGACAACCCUGGAAAAGGACUGGGUGAUAAAAGUGCAGAUGAUGCAGUUACAGAGUGAAAACCCCCAAAAGGAUGACUACUACUACCAGGAGUAUUAUCACAAGCUGGAGCAUAAGCAGGUGCAGAAGGGACUCCUGGGCGGGUGCAAGCACGAAGUCCCAAAGCUGAUCACGCCGUACAUCCAGAAAGUGGAGACGUACGAAUCGGUGGUUCGGAUCCCGGGCUCCUUGGGCCAGGUGGCUGUGUCCACGUGCUAUAGCCCUCGCAGGGCUAUCGAUGCUGUACAUCACAUCCCACUGGAGCAGGCCGUCGGGAAUCAGCGGCUGCAAGUGCUGUAUCAGAUUGAGAAGAUGUACCUGCAGCUGCUGGAUAUCGAGGACACUCAGCGGAAACUGGUCCUGGCCCCGGAGGAACAACAUUCUCACUUCUGUGAGAAACUGGCUCACGAGGUGGGGCACAUCUACCAAACUCUGAGCGUCGAACAGUGCAACAACGAAGAGGAAAUGAAAGACGAGUUCCUACAAAUCCUGCUGGUGGGGAAAGGGAAGAGGCUGGUGGCCCGUCUGUUGCCACACCUGAGCCCGGAACAGGCCAAGCAGGUCCUCCUCACCCUCACACGGCGCCUGCCUUUCCUUAUCAAGAAGGACCUACUGGACGAGACCCUGCCCGUACUCUACAGCCCCCUCGGAGAAGUUGUUGAGCAGCUGACCUUCAGCGAGAUGGUUGACGUCCUUCAGGAGCUGACCAGACUGCAGCCAGAUUCUGUGAAUCAGUCGCUCGCUACGAUAUUUGGGAACAAGUUCUCCGUCUCUCUCCUGUACUUGCUGCUGAGCCACGGCGAGAGAUGCCUUUCCUCCGGCAUGCCCCUGGAACCCCACAGCGGAGACUUUGAGAAAUGGGUGGAUACGGUGCUUCUUGUUGCUAGGGAGCUUUCUCAAGUGUCCAAGACGGCCAUGGUGGAGCCCCUUUAUAUGCCCAGCAAUCUUCUGUUUCUGUUCUGCCGCUACGUGGACAAAGAGACGGUGAAUCGUUUGGAUGUCAAGAUGGAGUAG